AUGUGUUUCAUCUGUUUCAGUUUCGCCAUGAGGAAAUAUGUAGCCGCAACGGCCAAACUACUGAUGCCAUGGAUGAUAAUAAUCGUGUACACUGCACUUGUACUAGGCUUCACCCUUCCGUUCGCUGUCAAAGCCGCCCCGGCUCCAGCUCCAGCUCCUGCUGCACAAGCCGCCCCUGCUCCAGCUGGUCCAGCUCCAGCUCCUGCUCCUGCAGGAGCUGCACAAGCCGCCCCUGCUCCAGCUGGUCCGGCUCCUGCUCCUGCAACAGGAGCUGCACAAGCCGCCCCUGCUCCAGCUGGUCCGGCUCCUGCUCCUGCAACAGGAGCUGCACAAGCCGCCCCUGCUCCAGCUAGUCCGGCUCCUGCUGCCCCAAAAGCUGCUCCAGCAAAAGCUGCUCCAGCAAAAGCAGCUCCAGCCAAAGCUGCCCCAGCAAAAGCUGCUCCGGCAAAAGCUGCUCCGGCACCAGCUGGUCCGGCCCCAGCCCCAGCUGCAGCAGCCGCGCCACAACCAGCUGCAAAUAAUCAACCGGCAGCAGCUAACCCGGCCGCAGCAACAACAGCAGGAGCUGAGGCACCAGCUCUUCCAACAGUGGCACCAUCAACCAUCUUGAAACCAGUUGUGCCCGGAGCUCCUUCGACGACACGAAGUGGUCCACCACCUGCGCCAAACCGAGAACCUCCACCAGCAGUCCCGGCCAAACCAGGCGAGCAAAAGUUCCAGAUCGUCACACCCAUGAAGACACAACAGCAAGUCCAACCGCCAGCUCCGCCAAAUCCUCCGGAGCAGCAGCGGCCGGCCCCCGCAGCAGCUCCAAUACCACCGCCACAAAAUAGGCAUUACCAAUAUCCGUAA